AUGGGCUACGUGGUUUCCGAGGAAAUAAAUAGGCCGGCAUCAGCUCCGCAGCCACAUGACCCCUCCUCACUCCCCCCCAAUCCUGCGGAAUGGCUUCCCCUUGCAUCCUGGAGCGAUCCAAAUACCCCUGAUGUUGGCGACUUGUUCGAGGACGCAUGUCUCUUGAUGGAAGAAAAGGAGACAAACAAACAAACAGACCUCUAUGAGCUUCCCCCUGCCGACAGUACCUCUCUGCUCGCAAGCUAUCGAGAUUUUAUCCUAUAUGGAGAGCAAGACUGUUUCAAUGAUCUUAGAUCACCGUUCUUCAAGCAGGCCUUUGUAAUGCCGGAAGCUCAAGACGACGAUGGGUCAAUAAGCGACGAUGACGGUAAAUGUUAUUGCGGAUUUUGUAAGCCCUUUUGGCAAGAUGAUGCAGAGCAAGACGAGGAUUUGUGGAUUGGGGAAAAUGGAGAAGUCGCUAGCGCUGCGUGA